AUGAAUACCGGAUCUAUCCACCGGAGUGACCAUGACGAGGGGGUCGUGACUGAAAUAAUUUCCCCAGAAGGUAUUCUCCCAACGCAACAUUCCGAGGCGAGGGCUUUAGCGGCGCCGGCUUGUGCUGGUGGUGGUGGUGGUUCGCAGGCUCGAUGCGACAACAAAGCGCAGCCACACGCUGCGCAGCCGGGACCAGCAGGAGUCAGGCAUGAGUCACACGGUUUAACUCGGACCGCCACGCACACGCACCCACACACACUCGCCGCACUCACGGGCGCAUCGACUUGCGCCGCGACGCCCCUCAACGGCCAGCUCGUUUGUGAUGGCCCUGCGGCCCUAUCGACUUACCGCUUUCGGCUUGGCAUCGCCAACCUCCCCUCAGUUGAGCACUUUUAUUUUAACAACGAUUUGUUCGAGAGCGUUUUCACCUCAGGGUAUUGCGCAGCCUCAACCUCGUCAGUAUUAGUAAUCAAGGAAGGCGAUCGUAUGUGGCACAAUGACGCCAUUGAUUUGGACGAGCAGAACACCGGAUUCAUUCAGGAAUGUGAGGGAUGUGACGAUGAGGCCCCUUCCGACUGCUAA